AUAAUCACCGGAACAUAACACUAGAGUUAACACAGUAGAGUCAAUGUCAUACGGAGUAGUAAUCAAAAUUCACUCUUUCUCUUUCCUCUGUGUUAAUCGGACUGGUGGUUUUGAUGGUGGAGAGAAGGAAGCCAUUGGUGCUUGCUUCCACCAAAGCCCUUCUCAACUCCGCCCUUCGACACGCCGCCACCGCCACCGCCACUACCACCAACGUAGCAGCUGCCAAGGCUGACGCUACUGCUGCCGCUUCCGCAAAUACUUCCCCAUCAUCACUUCAGCUACAGGCCGGAAUUCUUUGGUUUCCCAAGGACAAAAAUGGAAUUCCACCCAGAAUUGCUUCUCUCGACCAUUCUUCCCUCGUCGGUCUCUCCCUUGCCGACCUUAAACGUCUUGCCAUCACUUCAGGCUCUCUGGUGCUCGUCAAGAAUAUGGAGACCAAUGCUCGAAGAAUUGGUCAGGUUGUAGUUUUAGACCCCCCUCUUUCCAAAGAUGAGUUAUCGCCUGAUGUUGGAGCAGUCUCCUGUGCCUCCGAGACAAUGCUUGUUUUUCCAUCAUUGACUUUCCACCAAAGCUACCUCCAGCCAUUGAGCAAAAAUGUCGCCUAUAUCUCUCCCCUCCUGGCAUUUAAUGUGGAUCUACAUACAUCGUGCUUGACAUCACUUCUUCGCAAUGGAAAGGAGUCUCUAGCAUCAAUAUUUGAUAUUAAUGAGUGUGCAGAGAAAAAUGGACAAGGGGUCAAGAACUGUGUUGUCAAUUUGAGGCUGGAGUCUUGGCCUCAUGUGCCACGAUACGCAUCACAUUUAAGAAUCUCUUUUUUGAAGAUACCCGAGUGUGGUACCAUUGAGUCUCUUAGAGAAAAAUCCUCAAUUGAAGCUAUGGAUCGUCAAGAAAUGAUUGAUUUGGCAUUGCAGGAAUAUUUUAACAUUGAUAGGUACCUUGCCAAAGAUGAUGUGUUUAGAAUCCAAAUUGACUGGAGUUGCAAUUCAAUCCUGUGUGUCGGUUGUAGCAUGAGAAAGAAGAAUGAGAAAGGUGAUAUUAUUUACUUCAAGGUUGUUGCCUUGGAUCCUCCAGAGGAACCAAUUCUUCGUGUCAACCAUAAACAGACCGCUCUUGUUCUUGGAGGAAGUGCUGCUGCUUCUUUUCCCCCAGAUCUUUUGAUCUCUGAACCUAUUGGUGUUGCGCCUUUACAGAUAAAUACUAUAAAGGCACUGGGAUGCAUCCUUGCUCCAGCUCUAUGUCCAUCUGUACUUUCUUCCAAAUUCAGCGUCUCUGUCUUAUUGCAUGGUUUGGCAGGAUCUGGGAAGAGGACUGUUGUCAGAAAUGUUGCUUGUCGACUUGGUCUGCAUGUAGUAGAGUACAGCUGUAAUGCUUUGAUGGAAGGGUCUGAGAAGAAAACGUCUUCUUUACUAACUCAGGCAUUCAGUACAGCUCAGAGAUAUUCUCCAGCUAUAUUGUUGCUGCAGCAUUUUGAUGUCCUCAGCAAUUGGGCAUCUAGUGAGGGCUCGCAAUCUGAUCACACUGGUGUUGUUUCUGAGGUGGCGUCUGUUAUAAGGAAAUUCACACAGCAGGUUGUCCUGGUUGAAGAUAAUUCUUUGAAGGAGAAAUUGAAUGGUACCUCACAGCUGGAUGUUGCUGAAAGGAUAAGGCGGCCCCAGGUCUUGUUAAUUGCAGCAACUGAGAGUACUGAAGGCCUGCCACCUGCAAUAAGACGCUGCUUUAGCCACGAGCUCAAUCUGGAGCCUUUGACUGAAGAAGAUAGAGCUCAAAUUCUUACCAAAUCAUUGCAAAGCAUUCCUGAAAUCUCUGCUGAUCAGGGUGACUUGGAGCAUGUUGUGAAAGAUGUAGUAGCUCAGACAUCAGGUUAUACAGCCAGGGAUUUACGUUCAUUAAUUGCUGAUGCUGGAGCCAAUGUGAUCCCCAAGGAUCUUUUUCUAAGUGAGCCUCGGAAGAUAGUUGAGAAUAAUGUGGAGCUAAAUCCUGUUGGAGAGAAUAUUCGAGUUCCUGGAAAAGAAGACUUGUCAAAAGCAUUGGAGCGCUCAAAGAGGAGGAACGCAUCUGCAUUAGGUGCGCCUAAGGUUCCAAAUGUUAAAUGGGAAGAUGUGGGCGGGCUUGAAGAUGUGAAGAAAACAAUCCUGGACACUGUUCAGCUACCUCUCCUACACAAGGAUUUGUUUUCAUCUGGGUUGCGUAAACGUUCUGGGGUUCUUCUUUAUGGUCCUCCUGGCACAGGAAAGACUCUGUUGGCAAAAGCUGUAGCAACGGAAUGCUCUCUGAAUUUCUUAAGCGUAAAAGGACCUGAACUGAUCAAUAUGUACAUAGGGGAGUCUGAGAAAAAUGUGCGAGACAUAUUUCAAAAGGCUAGGUCAGCACGUCCAUGUGUUAUCUUUUUCGAUGAACUUGAUUCGCUUGCCCCAGCUCGGGGUGCUUCUGGUGACUCUGGGGGUGUUAUGGACAGAGUUGUUUCUCAGAUGCUAGCUGAGAUUGAUGGCCUCAGUGACUCUACUCAGGAUAUGUUUGUUAUUGGGGCAAGCAAUCGUCCUGAUCUUAUUGACCCAGCACUCCUGCGGCCUGGCCGAUUUGACAAGCUCCUCUAUGUUGGGGUUAACUCUGAUCCAUCUUAUAGAGAGCGGGUCCUUAUAGCACUCACCCGAAAAUUCAAACUGCAUGAAGAUGUCUCUCUUUACUCAAUUGCGAAAAGAUGCCCGCCAAAUUUUACUGGCGCAGAUAUGUAUGCCUUAUGUGCAGAUGCUUGGUUUCACGCUGCAAAACGGCAGGUCUUAAGUACAGCUUCGGAUUCGACCAGUAACGAUAGCCAUGUCGACACCAUUGUUGUGGAAUACGAGGAUUUCAUCAAGGUCUUAGGAGAGUUACCUCCAUCUCUCUCUCUAGCAGAGCUCCAGAAAUACGAGAUGCUGCGGGAUCAGUUUGGAGGAGGUUCAAACUGACUUUGUUGAAUCUGUCAAUUUGCUAACACAUUGGCCUCAAAUCAAGGAUAUUUCACAAUUUUUGAAGGAUAUUUAAUCUGGGGGACAGCCAAUCUGUAAGAAGUUUCAGGAGUAUGCAUUUCUCCCUUCUGAUCUCCCACCUUUUCGCUCCCUUUAUAUCUGUGCUGGCAGUUGAUUCAUUCUCUUAUAGGCUGUAUUAUUCUUUUAACAUGAAGCACAAAUAAUGUAGAAUGGAGGCUGUAUUAUUCCAUACAAUAGAGAACAUGUACAAGAGAAAUGUAAAUAUAUAAGCAAGAAUCAGCUUGAAUGCAUUUUGCUUGAAUCAGUUGGGGAGAAAUAUGUAGAUGACUAGUCUUUUUUGGUCAUCCUGCAUCAGUUGUUCUAUUC